AUGUUUUUAAAAAUUAUCACAUCAAGGCCACACAUUGCCCCACUGUCUGGUCCCACUGACCCACAAGCCACCACCCCACAGAUUGGCUCGGCUCUGGCCUGCGUCAUAUCUGGUUCCCCCAGCCUUGCUGCUAUAAAGAAAGUGCUUCAACAGCUCUGGCUGGAGGCUGGGCUCAACUGUAUCAAAGUAUCCCAGGGAUCUUCAAACUUGAAACAAUUCUGUCUGCAGAAUGUUCCACAUGACUUCCUGCUGACUGGGGUAUCUUCGAGUACAAAACUCUCCAGACUCCAGAACGUCUGUUCCCUUUUGUGGUCAAAUGGACCUUUCAAAGGUUUCCCAAACCACUUCUCAUGA